UAAUGUUGAGGCUUCUCUGACGUUUGAAACAAAGAGAAAAGAGGGUUGAAACGGCACGACAAGAUCCCGUUUGUGUGAAGCUUCUGGAUUUGUUUUUUCGUUGUUUGUUGUUGGCGGUACAUCAUAAAAUGGCGUCUUGUAUUCUAUAAUCCAAUUGCGUGAAUAAUAGUAUUUUUUUUCUUUCCAUUUGUUCUUAUAUUAAUGGGAAUAUGCAUUUUCCCGGGAAUGCAAGCUCUGUGUGGAUAUACCUCGUCUUUGUGCUACUUGAUUGCUGCUGGCAAGGAGCUUUGGGACAGCUUGCUUACUCAAUUUCGGAAGAGGUAAAUAAAGGGACUGUUUUCGGGAAUAUUGCCAAAGAUCUCAAGCUAAAUGUCCAGGAAUUGGAAACACGUAUGUUCCAGAUCGUUGCAGCGUCGAAGAAAAAAUAUUUUGAGGUAAACCUAAAGACAGGCGCCCUUUACGUGAAUGAGAGAAUAGAUCGAGAGGAACUGUGCGGUAAUGAAGAAAAAUGCUCAAUAGCCUUAGAAGCAGUUAUCAACAGUCCUUUGAAAUUGAACCGUGUAGAAAUUGCAAUUUUAGAUAUAAAUGAUAAUUCCCCCACAUUUAUCAGCAGGUCUCAGAUUAUCAAUAUUAGCGAAAGUACAGCAGCUGGCACUAAAUUCCCAUUGCACCCAGCUCACGAUGCAGACGUUGGAAAAAAUUCAGUUAGUGCCUACAGACUUGGUCAGAACGAAUACUUUUCUCUAGUAACGCAAAAAGGAGAGAAAAAGAGCCCCGAACUAGUGCUUCAGAAAAUGUUAGACAGAGAAAAAGACACUUUUAUUCAGUUGAUACUAACUGCUAUGGAUGGAGGAACACCUGCUAAAUCUGGUAGUAUGACCAUAAUGAUAAAUGUUUUGGACAAUAAUGACAAUCCACCGACAUUCAGUCAAGCUCUAUACAAAGCUAAGGUGUAUGAGAAUAUAAAAAUAGGUACUGUAAUAAUGAAAUUAAAUGCUACAGAUUUAGAUGAAGGGCAAAAUGGACAGGUUACGUAUUCAUUCAAUGAAGUAAGUGGAAAAGAAACCGAUCUUUUUGAUAUCGAUCAAAAUACAGGGUGUGUAACAGUUAAAGAGAAUAUAGACUAUGAAGAAAAUGCUGCUUUUGAGAUUCGGGUGCAGGCAAGAGAUAAAGGUUCAUCGCCAUUAAACUCACAUGCUAAAUUGCUUAUUGAAGUUUUAGAUGUAAAUGACAAUGCCCCUGAAAUUAGAGUAACAUCUCUGUUGAACACAGUGAAAGAGGAUGCAUCCAUUGGCCUCGCGAUUGCUCUUGUUUCUGUCUUCGAUAAAGAUAGCAGUAAAAACGGAAUCGUUAACUGCAAAAUUUCCAACGAUGUCCCUUUCAAGUUGGAGUCAAAUUAUAAGAAUUACUAUUCUUUAGUUGUGGAUGGACCUCUAGACAGAGAAAUAGCAUCACACUAUAAUAUUAUGAUAUCGGCUAGAGAUGAGGGCAACCCACCUCUCUCCAGCACCACCACGAUUCCUGUACAUGUCUCUGAUGUUAAUGAUAACAAACCUCAUUUUACAGAAGAUAGUAUCAACAUUUUUAUAAAAGAAAACAGUCAAACAGGAUUAGUUAUUAAAACAGUGACAGCAUUUGAUGCCGACACUGAUCAAAAUGGUCUGGUAAGCUAUUCUCUUUUAUAUGAUAACAGUAAUCCUCUGCCUCUCAGAUCCAUGAUAAAUAUUAACUCAGAAACAGGAGAUAUAAUUAAUCAGCAGUCUUAUAACUAUGAGGAGUUAAAGACUUUUCAGUUUAAAAUUCAGGCCACAGACUCAGGUGUUCCUUCACUCAGCAGCAACGUGACUGUUAAGGUUUUAAUUCUGGAUGAAAAUGAUAAUAAUCCAACUAUUUUAGCCCCAUAUUCUGAGCACGGAUCCAUUAAUAGUGAGACUAUCCCUUAUUCAGCUGAAACAGGAUAUUUUGUUGCAAAGAUCAGAGCCGUGGACGCAGAUUCUGGAUACAAUGCAUUGCUUUCUUAUCACCUGUCUGAACCCAAAGGAAACAACCUGUUCAGAAUUGGAACCAGCACCGGAGAAAUCAGGACUAAAAGAAGAAUGAGUGACAAUGACCUGAAAACCCACCCAUUGGUUGUUCUGGUUUCUGAUCAUGGAGAACCCUCUCUGUCAGCUACUGUGUCUAUUGAGGUGGUGGUUGUUGAAGGCACAGCUGAUGUACAGACUCAGUUCAGACAUGUGCCCUUAAAGGAUGACAACUUCUCUGAUUUAAACAUGUAUCUGCUGAUAGCCAUCGUGUCAGUGUCCGUUGUCUUUCUAUUGAGUCUCAUCAGUCUAAUAGCUGUCAGAUGCCACAGGACCGACAGUACUUUCAGCAAGUAUGGCGCCCCCAUGAUCACCACCCACCCUGACGGGAGCUGGUCUUACUCUAAAGCUACCCAGCAAUAUGACAUGUGUUUCAGCUCAGACACACUGAAGAGUGAUGUAGUGGUUUUCCCCGCUCCGUUUCCAUCUGUAGAUGCUGAACUAAUCAGUAUAAAUGGAGGAGAUACUUUUACCAGAACUCAGACUUUACCAAACAAGGAAAAGGUAAGAUAA